AUGAAGGUUCUUUGCCUUCACGGAAAAGGCACCAGUGGUGCGAUUUUCCGGUCCCAAACUUCCUCCUUCCGAGCCAAAUUACCAGAUCAGUCCAUCGAAUUCGACUUUCUCGACGGUCCCUGUGCCAGCUCCGCCGCCGCCGGAAUCGAUCUUUUCUACGAUCCCCCAUAUUACUCCUGGUGGCAGGGCGACACGGUCGAAGAUGUCCGCGCCGCGGUCGCCAAUCUCAACGACUACAUUGCCCGCAAUGGCCCCUACGACGCUGCCAUGAUGUUCUCCCAAGGUUGCGUGCUGGGCUCGGCGGCCUUGCUCCUCCAUCAUGAAGAAACGCCACACUUGCCGCCCCCCUUUCGAUCAGCCAUCUUCAUCUGCGGCGGUCCCUCGAUGACAAUCCUCGAAGAACUCGGCUUCCACGUGUCGGCAGAGGCGCGUGAGCGCGACGUCGCCUCGCGCAACGCUUUGGCCAAACAAGCGGGCAACGCGGCCAUCCUCAGUCAAGGCACCAAUCGGUGGUCGGGGCUGGACUCGCUCACGAGCGGGUUGUCCGAAGAGGAGUUGCGCCAGGAGAUCGAGUGUCCCUUCCGAGUGUCGAUCCCGACGGUGCACAUCUAUGGUUCCAAGGAUCCGCGCUUCUCCGCAGGUGUCCACUUGUCUGCGGUGUGUGACCCAAGCAAGAGAAAGUCGUUUGACCACGAGGGAGGCCAUGAGAUCCCCCGUAACACACGCGUCAGUGAUAUGAUUGUGAAUUUGGUGCAAUGGGCGCUGGCGGAGGGUGCGUGA